UUCGCACCAUUUUUUAAAACUUUGGUAGGUAUUUUGAUAACGGAUUUUGGAUUUUUCGGGAAUAAUUGCGGAACACCCUUCUUCCCAAGCCCGUUCAAUUUUUUCAAAUUCACUUUCGCUCAUAUUUUAAUUUAUAAUCACGGUUCUUAGACUAUACUACGGUAGCCUAAAUCGACUAACCAAUGAACAUUAAGGGCGCGAUUACGUCACGAGAGUUUAGUAAUUUGAAUCAUAAUAUGAUUAAUCGGUAUUUUUUGUAUGGAAAAUAGUAAAGAUAGUUAUGAAAUAAAGAUAUUUAGUGGAUUAUAAUACCUAAUUAUGAAAAUCUUUUGAUUUUUGUGUGGUCUGGUACCCCUACCACAGUGGGAUAGAAAUCUUGAGCUUCCCUGGCCCCUUUCGCUUGGAGGUGCUGUGCUAGGUGCUAGUAGUCACAAACACGAAACACAUCAACAAGUCACGUUCGUAAGAGUUCGUUGCGCAUGAUUCAUUUUCCGUCAUUUUGUUUAUAAUUUUGUCCUGUUUUGUUUUAUUUUAUUUUAAAUAGAGGUAAUUUUAUGACCAGUGAUAUGGCUAAGACAGAUAUACUAUUAUUGAAAUGGAACAACAUACAAUAAUAUGUAGAACAUGUUGUGUUGGUGGUUGUACCUUCUCCACAUCGAUUACGUUUUCCAGAGAUGAAAUGGACAUGUUCUUGGAAGGGUUGAAACUUAUUCAAAUUUUCGUGUUUGUUCUAGGCAUUUUAAAGAAGAUUUUAGGAUACAUGAGAGUUCCAACAAGAGGAAUUACCAAAGGGGCCAUCCCAAGCUCAUUUUUACCACCACUAGGAAUAUGCAAAAGACCUAUGCAUGAGUUAAAAGAAAUGACCAGAGACAAAGAUCUUUUUAGACAGACAAUAUAUGAUAUCACGUCGACCACUACACUCCCUCCUGGGGGUCAGGAUUGAAGAGAGAGAUUAUCAGGAUGAAAAGGCUACUGAAGAAUCUCAAUUUAUUGACAUGCAUGGUAAUAUGUUAUAAAGUACUUCCACUCUAACUUUUCCCAUGCACGAAAUUAUUGACGAACUACUAUUCAUACAAGGUCUCUUUUUAACUCACAGACACUCUGAGAGUAGUACAUAUCAAUGCCACACAUCAAUGUAUGUUUCGCUUUAUUUUUUGAUAUCAACGCAUGUGAAAAGUCAGAGUGGAAGAACUAUAAAAAUAUACCUUACCUACAUUCUAAAUUGUAAUAAUUUUGCUUUUCAUUCAGUCAUUUAUUUCGAGCUUCUGUCAUAUGUCCUAUAAUCCAUGUAUAUUAAUAUUUUACACAGAUUAUAUUAGUAUUAUAUGAGAUUCCUAUGACGGAAGCUUAGUUUCGAGCAUCCAUCAUAGGAAUCUCAUAUAAUAUUAAUAUAAUCUGUGUAUAAUAUUAAUAUACAUGAAUUAUAGGACAUAUGACAGAAGCUCGAAAUAAAUGACUGUGAAUGAAAAGCCCUAUUAUUACAAUUGAGAAUGUAGGUGAGGUAUAUUUUUAUAGUUCUUAUAAUAUUAUAAUAUGUAUUAUGCUCAUAUAAUGAUAUUAUCCACUGUACUGAAAGGUAAAAAUUUUAACCCACAAAUCAACUUUUUUCAGGAAGUAGAGAAAACGUUCCACUUAAGUAAUUUGGUGAGGAAUUAACCUCAUCAAAACAAACGUAUAUAUCAAUAAUUGAACUAUAAAGUAAUGAAAACAAUUAUUAGGUUAAUUCCUCACCAAAUUACAAACGUCUUUUCUACUUCAUGAAAAAAGUUGAUUUGUGAUAAAUACAGUAAAUCCUCUGUUAACUGAAACAUUGCUUAACCGAAAUGGGUCAAUAGUUACAGUUUCAAUAAUUACGUCAAUAAAAGGUAAAUUUUUAUAUCAAAACAGAAAUAAUUCAAUGUUAAUUUGUCAACAUUGCUUUCAUACAACUAAAAUAUGCAAUUUAUUUAUUUAUUUAUACAGGGUGCCUGCUUAACUUGGAACCAUAUGGGAAACUUUUUUAAUAUCAAUUUUACGAAAAAAAGUCAUUCUUUAUAAAGUGCUCUGCAUAGUCUAAAACCUACGAUGCAAUC